AUGGGCAAGACCACCUUCACCCUCGCGGGCCGGGAGUGGGCCAAGAUUACGUGGUGGAAGACCAAGCACAUGCGAUCCCUCUACCUUUUUCUGUGGGCUGCGAUGUUGACUUCGGCCACUAAUGGUUACGAUGGUUCCCUCAUCAACGGUCUGCAGAGCAUGACUCAGUGGCAGGACUAUUUCAACCACCCAAGCCCUUCUAUCAUGGGCCUGCUGACGGCUUCGAUGGCGAUGGGCUCGAUGCUCGCUAUCCCUAUCGUUCCCUACUGUGCAGAUAUUCUCGGACGUCGCAUGGGCGUGGUUAUCGGUUGCGCCAUCAUGCUGGUGGGGAUUGCCUUGCUCUCAAUGGGCUUUCACAUUGCCAUGUUCAUCAUGGGCCGACUAUUACUCGGCUUCGGCAUUGCUAUCGCUCACGGAUCCGCCCCCCUCCUGAUCGCAGAACUCGUGCACCCGCAGCACCGCGCUGUCUACUCGACCAUCUACAACACCCUGUGGUACCUCGGCUCCCUCAUCGGCGCUUGGGUCUCCUUUGGGACGAACAACAUUGCUGGUGACUGGUCCUGGCGCGUUCCCUGCCUUCUGCAGGCGAUCCCGUCGUUAUUCCAGAUCUUCUUCAUCUGGUUCGUCCCAGAGUCUCCCAGGUGGCUUAUCGCCAAGGGAAAGCAUGCUAAGGCAAAGGCCAUCUUGACCAAGUACCAUGCUUCGGGCGACGAGAAUGACGAGCUCGUCGCCGUCGAGUACCACGAAAUCCAGCAAACCAUCUCUCUCGAGCAAGAGUACGAGAAGACUUCCUGGAGCGAGCUGUGGUCAACUCCCGGCAACCGCCACCGUCUCCUUAUUCUUGUCAGCUUUGGUCUGUUCUCCCAGUGGUCUGGCAAUGCUUUGGUGUCGUACUACCUCUCCGGUGUGCUCGAGACGGUCGGAAUCACGGACGACAAGACCAAGCUGGAGAUCAACGGUUACCUCUCCAUCGUGCAGCUCGUCUCGGCCGUUGGCAUUUGCUUCUUUGUCGACAAGAUCGGCCGUCGUCCCUUGUUCCUCACGUCUUGCGUGGGCAUGCUGGUGUCAUUCAUCGUUGAGACCAUUGGAUCCGCCCAGUACGCCAAGACUGAGAGUACUGCCGCUGGUCACGCAGUCAUUGUCUUCAUCUUCAUCUACUUCAUCUUCUACAACUUGGGCUUCUGUGGUCUUCUCGUUUCAUACUCAACCGAGAUUCUGCCCUACAGGAUCCGCGCCAAGGGUCUCACAGUCAUGUUCCUGUUCGUCGACAUCGCGCUUUGGUUCAACCAAUACGUCAAUCCCAUCGCCCUGGAGGCUAUCACCUGGAAGUACUACCUGGUCUAUGUCUGCUGGAUUGCCUUUGAGACGUUUGUCGUCUGGAAGUGGUUCAUCGAGACCAAGAACACCCCUCUUGAGGAAAUCGCCAAGUACUUCGACGGCGACUCCGCCAUUGUUGGUGGUGAUGCUGCUACUGCCAAGGCACGCCACCUCGCCGGCGACGAGGAUGAGGUCAGCGAGACCAAGGGCGAGCAUUCCGUUGUCUCGACCACAGCACGCGUCUAA